GAUAUGCUGGGACUUGUGGUCGUGCCACAGCCGGGCGAGGAGGAGUUUCUCCUGGAGAAGCCGCUCCAACAAGUUUACGUUGCUGAAGCCCCGUCCGGCAAGGGGGGGAAGCUAACUUCGGAGCAGCUGAUGGAGGCCGUUGCAGGCGGUGACGUCGCCUUUGUGGCAGAGGCCUUGCCCGUGGGCGUUAGCCGCAUGAUUCUGAACCCGACCUCUGAGGAGCGGGCAUCCUUUCAGCAGGACCUUGCCAAACUCCUGUUGCAGGUUCCAGAUAGUCCUUGGCCUGCCGGAAAGCUGAUGCAGAAGCUGAAGGCCUACGACCACGAGGGAACUUUGGCGUUGGUUAUCCUCAGCGAUGCCAUGGCGCCGGCCAUGAAGCAUCAUAUAGACCUCAUGGACAAGGCGAAGGAGAGACUCGAAGAGAGAGGCUACAGG